GCAGAGACGACAUCUGUCCUUUUUGUGAUCUGAGGAACGCAAGAUGCAGCCAUGAGAACAAACAACCGCCGCCGCCUGAUCCACCGGGACUGCUGGCCAUUUUCCGGGCUGUUCCAGUCGAGACGCAGCACCCUCGCCGCACAAGGCCGUGGUGGACGGGAGGGGCGACCGCCUUAGCCGGUGAGCCAGCCGGCUGGUUGUUCGCCCUCCCCGACUAGGGGAUAACAACCCUGCAGCAGACAGCGGCACAGACCGUUUAGAAGUAACUUAGCUGUUAUAUAGUUUCAUAUCUAGCAUGUCACAUGUAGUACAGCAGGUGGUAGUUGUUUUCACUAUCCUUGUGAGUUGUGCAAGUUUAGAGCCUGCAUGUUUUCCUGGGUGCAAGAACACAAACUCCUGGUCAUCCUGUAUUCCCAAUAGUAAACCAAUUAAUCAUCGACCCAGCCCUCAGUAUGACGCCUGUAUACUAUGCCCCGCGCAGCUACAGCAACAGCCAGUGCUAAACGUAAAGAACUCCUCCCAGCCAACCUCACCAUGUCUUCCUAACAAGGGCAGUGUAGCCGUUCGGGGGUUCUCGUUUGGGAUUCUGUCAGUUCAGAAACUACGACCACCACAGCAAUCGGAAACAUACGACCUUGCUCUCAUUCAAUGUGGAAUCACAGAUUUGGAACAGGGGAUUUUGGCAGAGUUUCCUAAAUUGGCAUUCUUGCAGCUUGACUUCAACAACUUAACUCACGUCAAGGGAGCCUGGUUUGACGGUUUAAAGUCUCCCGCGCUGUUCCGGACCCUGUCAUUGUCACAUAACCGCAUAAGUAAUAUGGAUUCAAAAUGCUUCCAAAAUGUCUCUUACCUGGGCAUAUUGAACCUUGACAACAACUAUUUGCAGGUUAUCCAGUCAUCUUGGUUUUACAAUCUGAAAGUUUUAAACAGCCUUUCCUUGAGAUCUAAUUCUAUUGAAACCAUUCCCCCACAGGCAUUCAAGUCACUGUCAUUGCUAUCAAACCUAGACUUGAGCAGGAAUAUGUUGACGUGUUUGUCAAGGGAAACUGUAGAGGGGCUCAACAGACUAGAAACAUUGUCACUGGGUGGGAAUAGGUUGCUUGCUCUCGAUGAUUCUAUUAAUUUGGUAAUGAACUGGAAAUUGAAGUAUCGUUAUCCUAUGUAUAGAGGCCAGCGCGUUGCAGUCAGGGUUAACGAAGUGCUUUUCUGUAUCACUGAGCUUAACCAACUGAGGCCAUUUUAUCAUGUCCAGAUGCAACAUGACAUCCGCACACAGGCCGCUCGGCCAACUGCGGAACCACUUAGUCAAUGUACUUAUCUAAAUCUUCUUGCUGGACGAAAAGCAGCAAAUCAAACUAAGUAUAACCUGCCACUGGUUAUCAUAUCAGUUCACACAAAAUCAGACAAACAUGCUAAAAACAUCGACAACUUGUGCAAACGGGCUUGGGAAGAUGUGUCCACUGUAAAAGUAGCGUUGCGGGGAGACAUUACUCUGCAGAUUGUUCCCAUGGGUGUAGACAGGUCCUGCAAUCCCCAAAUUGUUGCAAUAGUUCUAUCUAAUGCCAUAUCUGACGACAACAACACCAAGCUGUAUGCUGAUAGAUACAGUAACCACAUGAGUGCCUUUGGUCAUGAAGAAAUGACGAAUGUAACAUGUUUGGUCAACACCUGGGAGGAGACAUACCAACACGUCUUCGCGACACCAUUGUCCAGCACUCCUGAUGACACUGUGUGUGCAGAAAACACCCAGGCCACAAGGACCGUGUCCUGCACUCCUGAUGGUACGGGAGAGGGGAUGCCUCUGACCACAAGAGGACCUGAGCACCAAACAACAAAGUUAACCCUGGACCAGACAGAUGCCAGUACAGAAGGAACUGUGAAGGAGAAAUCCCCACGUCGAGCGAUCAUCACAAUGAUAACGAUAGUAGCGGUAGUACUGGUAGCACUGUUUGUGACGUAUGUUGUCAGAAGACAGCACUGUUGUUCACGAGGCCACCUAGGAGGAGCCCAAGGCACUGCACCCGAUAGGACUGCACAGCAGUCUUCAUCUUCAGGUGAUGAUCCCCAAUACAGCGAAAUCCCCGACGAGUACUUCGACCGGCAAAACACUUCGGCUUCGACGACGCGACAGACUGCUAAUAACUAUAAUCAGAUUCCUGACCAGUACUUCAACUACUACAACACAAGACCAGGGGCAGAACAUUCUUACUGGGAAAUUCCAGAUGAGUACUACAACCGCUACAGCACAUACCCUCCGAGACGUCGGGUGCCUCAAGCUGAGGUGGUCCUUCCUUCAUCAACCAGGCUGGGCGGCAAACAUCCAUCCUACGAUACAGCCCCUCAAGUCUGGAGAGACCCACAGAAUUACCAGAUACCUGCACGUGGUCGUCAGACUAACAUCAGAUCUCACGACAACAGUGGCCAACGAUACAUGGGUUUAGUUGGUAACCACAGACUAUCUUACCCUCAAGACAACGUGGACUACUCUGUAAGACUUAGUACCGCUGCAGCUGAGGUGGUCCUUCCUUCAUCAACCAGGCUGGGCGGCCAACAUCCAUCCUACGAUACAGCCCCUCAAGUCUGGCGAGACCCACAGAACUACCAGAUACCUGCACGUGGUCGUCAGAAUAACAUCAGAUCACACGGCAUGCUCCAAACAGACAACAGUGGUCACCGAUACAUGGGUUUGAUUGGUAACAAUAGAUUAUCUUACCCUCUGACACUCCGAGUGCCUCAAGACGACAGGGACUACUCUGUAAGAUUUAACACUGCUGCAGCUGAGGUGGUCCUUCCUUCAUCAACCAGGCUGGGCGGCCAACAUCCAUCCUACGAUACAGCCCCUCAAGUCCGGAGAGACCCACAGAACUACCAGAUACCUGCACGUGGACGUAACACUAACAUCAGAUCACGCGACUUGUCCCACACAGACAACAGUGGCCACCGAUACAUGGGUUUAGUUUGUAACCACAGAUAUAGCAGGAAACCCCUAUCUUACCCUUCGACACACCAGGUGCCUCAAAACGACAGGGACUACUCAGUAUCAUUUAACACCGCUGCAGCUGAGGUGGUCCUUCCUUCAUCAACCAGGCUGGGCGGCCAACAUCCAUCCUACGAUACAGCCCCUCAAGUCUGGAGAGACCCACAGAACUACCAGAUACCUGCACGUGGCCGUCGUACUAACAUCAGAUCACAUCGAGCGGGCAGUAGUAGUGUGCCCGGAUACAUGACUUUGACUGGUAACUAA